CUGAAACCAUGGAAUGCCAGCUUUUACAAAACACAUUCAGUAAAGCUGUCUGACUUGCCAGACUAUACCUGUCAAACACACUGCCCUUCAUAAAUCACAACAUUUACUGAACCAUUCAUUUCCUUAGUUGUUGUAAGCCCUGUACCCACCCACUGAACAAAACAAUUAGAUAUACCUUCGUUCCAAGGAAUAAUGGUGACGCAGUCAAUCAUUCUUAAUCCAACUGUAUAAAACGCUCGAGGACACAAAAGGGGUUAUUUUACCUGACGCCUCAACUACGAAGAACGCACUUUAACCUCCCAGGACGCAUCGCCAGACUAUCUCUCGCCAUGUCCAUUGUAGCCAGUAGCAGUAGUAGCCGUAGAUAUAGCUCAGGUAGCGGUGUCGUUACGAGUAGCCUCAGUUCGUCCGGUGGGAUGCAGUUUUCCAGCGGUUUGGGAUACGGUAGGUCCCGUAUGAGCGUGUCCUCUGUUGGGAGCAGUCGCUCGCCGAGUGUAUAUGGAGGUGCCGGGGGAUACGGCACCCGUAUCUCUCAAUCUUCUUUCUCUACGGACGGGCCAGGCCAGACCACUAUUGUUGCCAACGAGAAGCAUACCAUGCAGAAUCUGAACGACCGUUUGGCCACCUACCUGGAAAAGGUGCACUCUCUAGAGACAGCCAAUAGCAAGUUGGAGUUGCAGAUCAAAGRGUUCUACGAGAUGAGAUCACCGACUCACAAGAAGGACCUCAGUGGGUUCUAUGCCACCAUCACAGACAUCCGCARCAAGAUCCAUGCCAGGUCUGUGGAGAACGCUCAGAUGAUCCUGCGGGUGGAUAAUGCCAGAGUUGCAGCUGAUGACUUCAAGAUGAAGUUAGAGACGGAGGCUAACAUGCGUAUGACGAUGGAAGGGGAUGUGGCUCGUCUGAGAGGAGUGCUGGACAGCUUUAUGCUCACCAGAGGAGACUUGGAGAUGCAGAUUGAGGGGCUGAAGGAGGAGCUGGUCUACCUCAGGAAGAACCAUGAGGAGGAGAUGCAUUUGAUGCGGACGCAGCAUUGUGGUGCUGUGAAUGUGGAGAUGGACUGUGCUUCCUCAGUGGACAUGAGCAAGGUGCUGGAGGAGAUGAGGACCCAGUAUGAGGGCAUGGUUACGAAGAACCAGAGAAUGCUGCCAAGUGGUUUGAGACAUGAGGAGGAGCUGCAGCAGCUCAACGUCAGCAUCCAGCAGCAGGCCUCCGAGUACCAGAUCCUCCUGGACAUCAAGAUGAGGCUGGAGAUGGAGAUCGCCUGA